AUGAAAUGUCUCAGGGAGGCUAGCGAGAAGUUGGGGAGGAACGUAGUCUAUGAAGAAGGCCGUUUCAGAGUAGCUCUCCGCGUCUUUGCUUCCAGCCAUCAAACGUCGCUUCAAGCGUUAUCACCGAACAAUGAGUUCGAUAACUUCAAGCAACGUCUACUCGAUGGAAAGAAUUCUCGCAUAGAAUGGCUCAGCAAAGACGAUCUGAGCGCCGCAGAACGCUUUGAUCCCAAAAAGAUUACAUUUCCAAGAGCGUCAGAACUACAAAUGGGCCAAAUACAGACAUCAUUGAGGCAGUACUACAGGAACGCAUUGCUCGAUGUCGAGAAAAGCAUCGAAGAUAUGAGCGAUGCUGAGCUUUUCUUGCGAGAGAACAAAAAAAGCGGAAAAAUAACCAGACUUCCCUACGUCCUCCUGGUCACCCAGGGUCUUGAUACAGGCCCUCUUUUGCGACAUUGGAGGAAACCACUUGUUUCACGGAUACCAGACAAAGCGCCCCUGGAGUCAAAAGACAAAGAUGUUACUCGGUUCAAGCUCAAAGGAACGAUCUCUACCAACGGCCUUAUUCUACUCGCCUAUGGCACAGCCCAGACGAAGAGACAGCCGUAG